CCUAUAAGUCAAUGUAUCUCCAAAAAGAAGACAAGAAUAUGGCCAAUGUAUUCUUAUAAGUCAACAAGAGUAUGGUCAAUGUACUUCCUAUAAGUCAAUGUAUAUCCAACAAGAAGAGUAUGGUCAAUGUAUCAUUACAAGUCAACAAGAGUAUGGUCAAUGUACUUCCUAUAAGUCAAUGUAUCUCCAACAAGAAGAGUAUGGCCAAUGUAUUCUUACAAGUCAACAAGAGUAUGGUCAAUGCAUUUCCUAUAAGUCAAUUGUAUCUCCAAGAAGAAGAGUAUGGCCAAUGUAUUCUUACAAGUCAACAAGAGUAUGGUCAGUGUAUUUCCUAUAAGUCAAUGUAUCUCCAACAGGAAGACAAGAGUAUGGCCAAUGUAUUCUUGCAAGUCAACAAGAGUGUGGUCAAUGCACUUCCUAUAAGUCAAUGUAUCUCCAACAAGAAGAGUAUGCCCAAUGUAUUCUUGCAAGUCAACAAGAGUAUGUUCAAUGCAUUUCCUAUAAGUCAAUGUAUCUCCAACAAGAAGAGUAUGGCCAAUGUAUUCUUGCAAGUCAACAAGAGUAUGGUCAAUGCAUUUCCUAUAAGUCAAUGUAUCUCCAACAAGAAGAGUAUGGCCAAUGUAUUCUUACAAGUCAACAAGAGUAUGGUCAAUGCAUUUCCUACAAGUCAACAGACUAUGGUCAGUGUAUCUCCUACAGUUCGUGAGAGUACAGUGAAUGCAUUUCCCAGCUGGGAUCUCCCUGGAUGAAGCAAACUUCGUGGCCCCGUUUCCCAUCUCUCCCGUUCCAGGGACCCUCCCUGUCCAUCUCGCUUGCUGUUAUUGUUGUUGCAUAAAUGGGCCGAGACACAGCUGGCUCCGCCACAUCCUUCCAGGAGCACAGCUGUUUUGCAGCACACUUCUCUUUUUCCACCUCUCCCUCCUUCCUCCAUGAAACAUGAUACGGCUUGGCAACCUCUGAUUUGGGAAAAAAAAAUGCUUGGCGUGUCAAACGGAGGCUUAAUGUACAGUUUGACCACUCUUCUUCUUCUUCUUCUUUGUUUGUGAAUUUCCAUUGCUGCAAAGCCUGCAGCCGGGAUUUCAGAGGGAUUGCUUCUCCUGCUUCCAAUCAGGGUCUCGUUCUUUUUUGACUCCGUAUGGUUCUUAUUUAAUUCAGGGAAGCCAUGGAGUAUUUUGGAAAACCGUCGGGGAACAUUUUCUGUUUUUCUUUACUAGCCGAUAGGCAGAGCGGUCAGCGUUAUCAAUGCGCCCGGCGUCUCUUCUGCCUUUCCAUGUUCUUGGUUCUGCUCUCGUCUUUUGGAGAAGUCCUUGGAGGGGAAGCUCCGAAAAUUCAGGAAUACGAUGGGCUUCCUCCCGGUCUCCCUCGGAGCAUCCGCUCCUUCCCUCCUCGUCCGCACAUCCGGAAGAAGCGCUACACCCUGACCCCGGGGCAUCUCAAGUGGGACCACUUCAACCUCACCUACAAGAUCUUGUCUUUCCCCAGAAACCUCAUCAACGAGAGCCAGACCAGGAAAGGGCUGGCGGCCGCUUUCCGGAUGUGGAGUGACGUGACACCUUUCGUCUUCCGGGAGGUGCCUCCGAGUCAAGAGAGCGACCUCAAAAUCGGUUUCUAUCCCAUCAACCACACAGACUGCCUGGAGUCCCAGAUCCACCACUGUUUCGACGGCAUAACGGGGGAGCUGGCGCAUGCGUUCUUCCCGCAGACGGGCGAGAUCCAUUUCGACGACCACGAAUAUUGGAUCCUGGGAGACACGCGGUUCAGCUGGAAAAAGGGGGUGUGGCUGACGGACCUGGUGCACGUGGCGGCCCACGAGGUGGGCCAUGCGCUGGGACUCAUGCACUCCCUGGACCCCAACGCCCUCAUGCACCUCAACGCCACCUUGACCGGGAAGAACACCAUUUCGCAGGACGAGAUGUGGGGGAUCUACCGGCUGUAUGGGUGCAAAGACAGGCUGUUCAUCUGCCCGUCCUGGCUUCGCAAAGGAUACUGCCGGACGCGGAGGAGGUUCAUGGCAAAGCACUGUCCGUACAGCUGCGACUUCUGCCUGGAUUUCCCUUUCCCGACGGUGGCUCCGACCGCUCUGCCUCCCAGGAUGAAAACAAGGCUCGUCCCUGAAGGAAGGAACGUCACCUUCCAGUGCGGACGCAAGAUCACCCACAAAAAGGGCAAAGUGUAUUGGUACAAAGAGAAGGAGCAGCUGGAAUAUUCCUACCCAGGCUACCUUUUCCUGAACGAGGGCCAGAUGAGCAUCAUCGCCAACGCCAUCAAUGAGGGAACCUACACGUGCAUCGUGAAGAAGAAGGCCAAGGUCCUGACCACCUACUCCUGGAGAAUCCGGCUGAAGCAAUAGCUUCAAAACCUACACCGAGUUGGACUUCUUCUUCCUCCUUCUCAAGAUGGAUGUGUUUUCUUUCCAUCCCAUAAUGGACAAAGACACUUGAACCUUCUCAACCCAAAGGUAUGAGGGUUGAAUGAAAAGUAAUGCCUCCACCUUCGUGACUUGGGUUUGGAUGGGAAUAUUUUAAUAAAUCAAACGCAGAAAUA